AUGAUUUUGAUGGAUGAGGAGGGAAGGAAAAUUCAUGCAUCAUGUGUGAAGAAAUGGUUUCCUAAAUUCAAGCGCUAUUUAAAAGAGGAUAGUUCAAUUUACGUCAAGAAACCUAACGUCGCACCAAAUACUUCAAAAUUUAAGUUUGCUCAUCCGGAAUCAAAACUAAUUUUUUAUCACGAUACAAUUGUAAAAGAUUGUGAAAACUUUUCUGGAUCUGCACAUGGCUUUCAUUUUGUUGACUUCAAUACUAUCGUUUCUAACAACAUCCUGGAGUCAAACUCUUUUGAUAUUAUUGGACACAUUUUUGAGUAUGGGCAUAUGGAUACCUCAGAACAAGAUAAAUCAAAACACAAGAUGCUCUUGCAUCUUCAAGAUAUAGAGGAUACUAAGCUUAAGAUAAUUUUGUGGGGUCAUAAUGCAUACUACAUGCAUGAUUUUCUUGCUAACAAUAACAGCCUUGCUCCAGUUAUUGUUAUUGUUCAAUUUGCCAGGGUGAAGUUUAUUAAUGGUUUGUCGUCCUUUUUCAUCCACCACUUUGAUGUUAGUAGGGUUUUCAUAAACAAUGAUAUCGAUGAAAUUACAAUCUACAAAAACAAAUUGGUCUCUGAAAAUGGACAACAACUGUCAUCAAGUGGAAUUAAAAUGAUUGCAUCAAAACAAGACACAGAACAUGAUGACUUUCUGAAAAAUCAUUUGUUUUCUAACAUUGAAGACUUGUUUGAACCUUUGGAGGAAAAGACAGUCAUUAUUGUUGGUACUGUUAAGGGAAUACGUCAAAAUAUACGUUGGUAUUACCUUGCUUGUAGCAACUGCAAAAAGUCAGCAAAAGAAAAAGAGUCUUCAACUGAUAAGGUUGAUGGUUCUCAUGAAGUGGCCGGAAUCGUUACUUAUGAAUGUGCUAAUCUUAAAUGCAAAAAUAUCAAAAUUUCGGUUAUUCCAAGGUAUUAG